AUGAAUACGUGCAGCAACAAGAAAACAAUCCAGUAGAACCAGUACAUCCACAACAGAGUGCUCUUGAGAUGGAAACACCAUCAAGAUCAGAUUUUAUGUUUAGGUUAAGUCGAUCGAAUAUGUUACCAGGUCCCUUUCAGUCAUUUUUAAAUUCUCAGGACAGUGUGAACAAAAAUAUAAUCAAACAGCUGGAAAAAGCAACGCGCGGCAUUGAAUCACUGAAUAAGGAGCUCCAUGAAAUUCGUCAGGAAAACCGUGUCAUGAGGGGACAGUUAGACGCAUUACUUGCUUCACGCGCUAGUACCGCUCCAGCUCAAGUAACAAACAAUUUCGAGAGAAGUGAACAUUCUAUAUCAUUGCAAAGUGUUCCGUCAGAGUAUAGUAUUAGUGAGGAGGAACUUGCUAGUAUUAAACGCGAUUCAAAAGGUGCAGGAAACUUCGGUGCUCAGCUUGUGAAAAGACUAUUCCCUGAAUUAUUUGGCCCCACAAAUCUACGCCAUCAGUAUAAUUGGUUUGGGGGCGGUGUUAAAUCGAAGCAGGAACUCUGUCCAGAAAGAAAAUCUGUAGUGAAACAAUACGUUACGUUUUACUAUCCUGAGCUAGUAGAUGCCGAACAGUGGCGAGACAGAGUAGUGCCUAAAAUAAAUGAGCUCCUAAGGCGAAAAGACAAACUACCAAGUGCAUUGAACUGCGACCAGCCUCAAAGAUCUCAGAUUCCUUUACCAGAGCUCACACCGACCACAUACAGAUCAUUGCUAGAUUACUACGGCGGCGCUCAAAUUUAGAUGACAUACAUGAAGUUUCAUUUGUUCGCUGUAUAUUUCAGUACAAGAUACAUGAUCAAUAGAAUUUUUCAUUGCGUGUAAAAAAUGUUAAACUGUAGG